UGUUUUGUUGGAAGUAGGAAUAGCCUCAAUACCCUCAUCAUUAUUACACAUCCACACACUUCCUAUAAACACUAAACUAAAACACACACAAAGAGAUCAGCAAAAAGAAAACACUAUGGGAAUUUUGGCUCCAAUCUCCGGAGCUGAAGCGGCUGCAGACAAAGAGAAAGGUGGCGCUCUCGUCCAGUCCACGGCGGAACUCGACGCUGGAGCUCUCUUUGUGCUUAAAUCCCGAGGGUCAUGGUGGCAUUGUGGAUAUCACUUGACAACAUCAAUAGUUGCUCCAGCACUUUUUAGCCUUCCAUUUGCGUUUAGGCUACUUGGUUGGGUUGGUGGAUCUAUAUGUCUUCUUUUGGGUGGUGUGGUCACAUUCUAUGCCUACCUUCUCUUAUCUCUCGUUUUAGAACAUCAUGCUAUGCAAGGUUCUCGUCUACUUAGGUUUCGAGAUAUGGCUACAUAUAUUCUCGGACCCAAAUGGGCCAUCUUCUAUGUUGGCCCCAUCCAAUUUGGAGUUUGCUAUGGUUCGGUUGUUGCUGGCAUUCUUAUUGGUGGUCAAAACCUCAAGUAUAUUUAUGUGCUAUGCAAUCCAGAAGGGGAAAUGCAACUAUACCAAUUCAUAAUUAUAUUUGGAACACUAAUGUUGAUUUUAGCACAAAUUCCAUCUUUCCAUUCUCUAAGACAUAUAAACCUCAUCUCUCUCACUCUAUCCCUUGGCUAUAGUGCUCUUGCAACUGCUGCUUCUUUAAUACUAGGUUAUUCCAAACAUGCACCUCCAAGAGACUACUCUCUUCAAGGAUCAUCAAUCAGUCAGUUAUUUAAUGCUUUCAAUGGUAUUUCGGUAAUUGCAACUACCUACGCUUGUGGAAUGCUUCCCGAAAUACAGGCAACUCUAGUGGCUCCAGUGAGAGGGAAGAUGUUUAAAGGGCUAUGUCUUUGUUAUACAGUGAUUGCAGUGACGUUUUUGAGUGUAGGAAUUUCUGGGUAUUGGACUUUUGGAAAUAAGGCUAUGGGAACGGUUCUUUCUAAUUUCAUGGAACAUAAUAGUUUGCCCUCUUGGCUUCUCAUCCUCACUAAUACCUUUUGCUUCUUGCAAGUUUCUGCUGUUGCUGGCACUUAUUUACAACCCACAAAUGAAGUUUUUGAGAAGAUAUUUGCUGACCCAAACAAAAAUCAAUUUUCAAUGCGCAACAUUGUGCCAAGGUUGAUAUCACGUUCGUUAUCGGUGGUUAUAGCAAUUAUAAUUGGAGCCAUGUUGCCUUUCUUCGGGGAUUUAAUGGCACUAAUUGGAGCAUUGGGUUUCAUUCCUUUGGACUUCAUUAUGCCCAUGAUUUUCUACAAUGCUACUUUCAAGCCUUCUAAGCAUAGUUUUAUUUAUUGGAUAAACACUUUGAUUGUCGCAGUUUCAUCAGUAUUGGCUUUAAUCGGUGGUGUGGCUUCCAUUCGACAAAUCGUUUUGGAUGCCAAAGAGUAUCGUUUGUUCGCGAAUGUUUGAGCCAAACAUUGUUAAUGCAUAAAAGUUUGAUUUUUAGUUCCUUUAAUGCAACGAAACGACAAUUCUCUGCAUGACUUGUCCUAAUUAGAAUUGAAUUUCUAGUUCAAUUAAGUACUA